AUGGCUGGGGACAGGCUGCCCGCCCGCCUCCUGGCCGCCGCCUGCCUCGCCUUGAGCUUGGCCCCGGGUGCGGCGGGACCGCGGGACACCCCCGGCCUCUCGCGGCUGCAGAGGAGGAGCCUGGCGAUGGACUUCGUCGUGCCCUCGCUGUUUCGCACCUACGUGCGGGAGCUGGUGCUGGGGCCGCCGGGGCGCGCCGCGGCGCGGUGCCGCCUGCGCCUGGACUGCGCGCCCCUGCUCCGCGCCGCCCGCGGGGCGCUGCCGCGGGCCGAGCCGCCCGCCGCCCCCGCCGGGCCCUCCGCGGCCGGGCGGCGGCUGCGGCGCGCCAAGCAGCUGGUGCUGGAGGUGGGCGAGGGCACCGUGCGGGACGGCUGCGCCGGGGAGCCGCCGCCGGGCUCCGGCGGGGCGCACCUGGAGUUCAACCUCACCGAGCUCUUCGCCUGGUGGCUCCGCGCCGGCGACGGGCGGCUGCGGGUGCGGCUGAUGCCCGAGCGCCGCGGCGCCCUCCCGGGCAGCGAGCGAGGGCUGUCGGCGGCCAUCCGCGCCGCCCGCCCCCGCCUCCUCUUCCACGUCUCCGCGGCAGGUCCGAGCCCUUUGGAUCACACAGCAAGAAGCCCUUCUCUUCCUCCUGGCUACUCUGCUUGGAACCUGACCUGGGUCAUGAGAGAUACAUCCCCCUUCUUCACCCACAGAGGACGACACAUAUUUGACUGCAACUUUGAAUCUCCUUGUGAGCUGGAAUAUUCCUUUACCUCAAAAGAUCAGGAAAUCCCCAACAAUGCCUGGGUCAGACUGAAUGCAGAGGAAAUCUCACAGCUAAACCUCCCAGAUGGGCCGGAGACAGAUCACUCUGAGAGCACACCCAAAGGUUCUUUUCUGUUUCUCAAUGCAUCAGAGAGGCCGAGCCCCACCAUCCUGAGCCCUUGGCUGAGGAGCAACAGUGAUCAAUGUGUGGUUCAAGUGGCUGUGUACAAGUUUUACCAGCAGAGUGGAGAAUAUAUUGCUCGUGUCCAUCCCAUUGAUGAGAGCAGCAGCGAAAUCCUGUCAGAGGAGAGUCCAGAGAAACACGGAUGGGUGUUGCUUCAAAGGAGAGUUGGACACCUGGAGAAACCAUUUCGGAUCUCACUGGAAUACGUUCCUAAUGGGAACAAGAGCGUGGCAGCCGUGGAUUCCUUCGCCAUGAAGAACUGCAGCUCAGGAUCUGCCUCUCUCUCAAAAAUGGCUCUGGAGGGUUCCUUCAGCUGCUGGAAUGGAACAGUGAUCAGGCUGGGGCAGGCGUGUGACUUCAUCCAGGACUGUGCUGAGGGAGAAGAUGAAGGAGAUACGUGCAGACAGCUUCCCCCUGGCUUUUACUGCUCGUUUGAAGAAGGGGAUUGUGGCUGGACACCGGGCUCCCCUGCAUCCCAUCCUUCUCCAUGGCGGAUCGGAAGCCCGGAGCAGAAGCGAUUCCCUUCCAUAGAAGGUCGUGCACUCCUCCUUAACACCAGCAAGGCACCAGCAGUAGCAAAGACUGUCAUGACCAGCACAGCAUUUCCAGCUCCUUUGAGGAACUCUCCCUGUGAGCUACGAAUGUCAUGGCUCAUCCACGGUGUCCUGCUGGGAAAUGUCUCCCUGGUGCUGGUGGAGAACAAGACGGGAAAGGAGCAGAGCUGGACCUUCUGGCAUUCCGAGAACAGCGAAGCUUUGGGAAUAUGGCAGUGGAUGAUCUUACCUCUCCCAGAGAUACUGGAUAGGUUUUGGUUUCAGAUCACCGCUUCAUGGGAAGAAGGCUCUGAUGCCAUUAUUGCUUUUGACAAUGUCUCCCUUAGUCUGGACUGUUAUUUAACAAUCAGUGGAGAGAAGACACCUCGAGGUACCACUCCAGAGUCAAACAAUUUUCUCACCAGUAGAGGUGGCCAGAAGAAGUUUGGAUGGGAACAAAAGCUCCUGGGAAAUCUCCAGCUCAGCAGUGCCCCCUUUUCUGAUCCAGCAGGCAAGGGAAGUUUAUGGAAGUUUUUACCAAUAGAUGAAGCAAACAUUCCACUUGGUCGUGGCAUCAAGCUAGAUGGCAUCUGCCUGAGACGAAGAGAUCAGUGGCUCUUCACAACCUGUGGUGCCAGUGGACCCUAUGGCCCCACCCAGAGCCAGUGCAACGAUGCCUACAGGAACUCCAAGCUCAGAGUGGUGGUGGGAGCUGAAGGGAUUCUCCAAGGCAUUCAGAUCUGGAGAGUUCCAGCAACCAACACAUACAGCAUCUCAGGCUAUGGAGCUGCAGGUGGGAAAGGAGGGAAGAACACCAUGGUGCGGUCCCACGGAGUGUCUGUGCUGGGAAUUUUUGACCUCCAGAAGGAUGAUACACUGUAUAUCUUGGUGGGACAGCAAGGAGAAGAUGCUUGUCCUAGUACAAAUGAUGUUAUCCAGAAGGUCUGCAUUGGAGAGAACAACGUGAUUGAAGAAGAGAUUCGUGUGAACAGAAGUGUCAAUGAAUGGGCAGGAGGAGGUGGUGGUGGGGGCGGUGCCACUUACAUAUUUAAGAUGGAGAAUGGAGAGCCGGUCCCCUUGAUAAUUGCAGCAGGGGGUGGUGGCAGGGCCUACAGGGCCAAAACGGACACAUUUCAUCCAGAAAGACUGGAGAAUGAUUCCUCUAUUCCAGGGUUGAAUGGAAAUUCAGGAGCUGCAGGUGGUGGAGGUGGCUGGAAUGAUAACACUUCCUUCCUGUGGUCAGGAAAAUCCUUGCUGGAAGGUGCUACUGGAGGAAGAUCCUGCCCCCAGGCCAUGAAGAAGUGGGGGUGGGAGACAAGAGGGGGUUUCGGAGGGGGUGGAGGGGGGUGCUCCUCAGGUGGAGGAGGCGGAGGAUAUAUAGGUGGCAAUGCUGCAGUGGACAAUGACCCAGAGAUGGAUGGGGAGGAUGGUGUGUCCUUUAUUAAUCCAAUUGGUACUUUAUACACUCCAGCACUUAAAGUGACAGAGGGGCACGGAGAGGUGGAAAUUAGGCUGCACCUUAACUGCAGCCACUGUGAGAUGGACGAGUGCCAUGUUGAUCUUGAGACUCAAAAAGUCAUUUGCUUUUGUGAGCCAGGCACCGAGUUGGCAGAGGAUGGUGUGUCUUGCACAGCUGAGCCAGUGGUUCGUCUCCCUUUCUCCUUGGUCUUGUCUGUAGUGACUUCAGCAUUGGUGGCUGCUUUAAUUUUGGCUUUUUCAGGAAUCAUGAUAGUGUAUCGCCGCAAGCACCAGGAGCUGCAAGCCAUGCAGAUGGAGCUGCAGAGCCCAGAGUACAAACUCAGCAAGCUGCGUACCUCCACCAUCAUGACAGACUACAACCCCAACUACUGCUUUGCAGGAAAAACCACCUCCAUUAGUGACCUUAAAGAGGUGCCUCGAAAAAACAUCUCCCUCAUCCGGGGUUUGGGCCACGGAGCCUUUGGUGAGGUAUAUGAAGGUCAGGUGACAGGGAUCCCCAGCGACCCCACUCCCUUGCAGGUGGCUGUGAAAACAUUGCCAGAAGUGUGUUCAGAGCAAGAUGAGCUCGACUUCCUCAUGGAAGCUCUCAUUAUUAGCAAGUUCAACCACCAGAACAUCGUGCGCUGCAUCGGGGUGAGCCUGCAGGCCCUGCCCCGCUUCAUCCUGCUGGAGCUCAUGGCUGGGGGAGACCUCAAAUCCUUCCUGAGGGAGACACGGCCCAGACCGAAUCAGCCCUCCUCCCUCUCCAUGCUGGACUUGCUCCACGUGGCCCGUGACAUUGCCUGUGGGUGUCAGUACCUCGAGGAGAACCACUUCAUUCACAGGGAUAUUGCUGCCAGGAACUGCCUCCUUACCUGUCGAGGGCCUGGGAGAGUGGCUAAGAUUGGAGACUUUGGAAUGGCCCGGGAUAUUUACAGAGCCAGCUACUAUCGUAAGGGUGGGUGUGCAAUGUUGCCUGUCAAAUGGAUGCCCCCUGAAGCUUUCAUGGAAGGGAUCUUUACAUCAAAAACAGACACAUGGUCCUUUGGUGUGUUGCUGUGGGAGAUAUUCUCUUUGGGAUACAUGCCCUACCCCAGCAAAAGCAACCAGGAGGUUCUGGAGUUUGUGACCAAUGGAGGAAGGAUGGAUCCACCUAAAAACUGCCCUGGCCCUGUCUACCGCAUCAUGACCCAGUGUUGGCAGCACCAGCCUGAGGACCGGCCAAACUUUGCCAUAAUCCUGGAGAGGAUUGAGUACUGCACUCAGGAUCCCGAUGUCAUCAACACCGCCCUGCCGGUAGAGUACGGCCCGUCAGCUGAGGAGGAGGAGAAGGUGGCGAUGCGCCCCGACGAUCCAGAAGGAAUUCCUCCUCUCUUGGUCUCAACACACCAAGACAGAAAGGAUGAUAAGCAAACCCUGCCGUCUCCACCACCCCUGGCAUCGGCCGUCACUGCCGGAAAAUCUCUAGGGAAAGUGGGAGCCUUGGAACAGCCUCCGCCAGGGAAGGUGCAGUCAGCCACAGGGGGAGGACACAUCAACAUGGCCUAUGCCCAGUCCAACCCCCCUUCCGAGCUUCACAAAAGCCGGGGCUCCAGAAACAAGCCCACCAACCUCUGGAAUCCAACCUACGGCUCCUGGUUUGCGGAGAAGCAGGCCAGCAAAAACAGUUCUCUGCUGGAGAAGGAGAGGCCCGAGAGGGAGAAUUUGGGACAGGAAGGAAACUGUACUGUGGGGCCCAACAUUGUGACUGGCAGGCUGCCAGGCUCCUCCCUGCUCUUAGAGCCAUCUUCCCUAACCGCAAGUGUUAAAGAAGUGCCUCUCUUUAGGCUCCGCCACUUCCCCUGUGGGAACGUCAACUACGGAUACCAGCAGCAGGGCUUGCCCUUGGAAAGCUCCACAUCACCUUGUGCUAGCAGUUAUGAGGACCCUGUCCUCAGAAACAAGAGCCACAUAACCCAGCAGGGGCCCUGAGAGCCCUCGACCCUCUCUUGACUUUUCCCCCCCGUGGCCCCUGAGCCUUGAAGAGAUGUCCCGUUACCCAACACCCCGCGAGCAAGGCAUGGGACAGCAUCACCUCCUGUUUCGUGCAAACUUGCUCCAAAAGUGCCACCCUUGAGGCUGUAAUUUCUACUAACCCGAGAGGCUUCAAACCACCGGGGCCCCAGCAGAGUCAAAGGAACGAGGGGGAGGGAGGAUGCAGGGAACUGUUGUUAACUGCAAGGCCCAGCUGCUGUUGCAUCAACUCAUCCGCAUGGUUGUCGUCAUGCCCUUCCUGUGAGCUUUUCCCAGUUGUGCGUCCUCUGCUUCCGUGUCAAGCCGCAGCUCACUGCCAUGAGUGUUUCAUGUCUGGGCUUUCCCGUGCCAAACUUGUCGUUGCUGUGGAAGACCUGGAGAUCUCCUGCUGCUGGCAGGGCUUGUAGUGGGUUUGGGAAGAGCAUGCUCUAUCCAAACCAAAAUAAAGAAAUACGACGGCGCUGAAUGGUGACGCGAUGGCAUGUUCUCCAGUCUUGGUCCAGCUGCAGUCCAGUCUUCAAAAGUCCUUGAGUGCACAGUGUUGUGGGGGUGCUGGCAGGGCAGUGGAAAAACCCUGGUCACACUGCAUCACUUGAAGGGGAGGGCAGAGGAAGCAGAGGAUGGGUGUAGAUGCUACGAGGCAUUCAGGGGGCGGGCAUUGUUUGGCUGGGGUU